AAGGUGCUAUAAAACACUCCCUCAAGCUCAGGUGUAGCUUCAGACGAGGACACAGAAGCGAGGAGCUUUUCCUUGUGUUUUCCUUUAAGGUUUGAAGGAAGCCCAACUACAGUCCAUUUUUUUUUUAUCAGAAAACCAAACUUGCAUAAAAUAUUUUGUAUGCAAAGAUGCCUCCCCCCGGUGUGUGUUUGGACAUAAUCAAGGAGCGGAACCAGGAGGAUGGCAUGGGUACUGCGACUGACCCUGUGAAAUUUCGCGGCCAAGACUUCUACUGGAUACGGGACCAGUGUCUGAAGAACAGACAGAGGUUUAUUGACGGCACAUUCCCCCCAGACAAUAGUAUUAUUGGCCAUAAACUGCUGUUACCCGACAUGAUGGCAAGAGUGAAAUGGUUAAGACCACAUAAAAUGGUAGAAUCUCCAUGUUUAUUUGUGGACGGAGAAUCAAUAUUUGACAUCGUUCAAGGAUAUUUGGGUGACUGCUGGUUUCUGGCGUCUGUCGGAGCGCUGACGUUUCAAAAGCAGCUGCUGAAUCAGGUGGUGCCGAUUGACCAAGGAUUUGGCAGAGAUUAUGCUGGGAUAUUUCACUUCAGGUUCUGGAGAUUUGGAAAGUGGGUGGAUGUCGUGAUUGACGAUAAGCUGCCAACAAUCGAUGGACAAUUAAUCUUUGUUCAUCCAACAAAUAAACAUGAGUUCUGGGUUGCCUUGCUGGAAAAGGCCUACGCCAAAGUGUGUGGGUCAUACUCAGACCUGAAAGCUGGGAGCGUGUCAGAAGCAAUGAUGGACUUCAGUGGAGGGGUCCAUGUGAUGUAUAAGCUGAAGGAAGCACCUCCAGACCUUUGGGAUCUCAUGAACAGGGCUGUGAAACAUAAGUCCCUAAUGGGGUGUGGGACUCCUAAAGGGGAAACUGAUGAAAAUGUGGAAUUGCCCAAUGGGAUCGUGCAGGGCCAUGCGUAUGCUAUCACUGGAGUUCAGCAGGUCAUGAGCCGUGGAAGACCUGUGAAUCUGGUUCGAAUCUGGAAUCCAUGGGGUAAAGGAGAAUGGAAAGGAGACUGGAGUGACAGAUCUUCAUCAUGGCAGACAGUCACUGAGGAAGAUAGAAUGAGCUGCUUGCAGAUCUGUGACAAUGGGGAAUUCUGGAUGUCUAUGAAGGAUUUUACAAUGAACUUUGAAGAUGUGGAUAUUUGCUGUCUCACCCCGGAGUUUCUUGACGAUUCCCCCAAUCAGUGGGGUUCCUCCUGUCAUGUGGGCAAAUGGGUUGCCGGGGCGACAGCAGGUGGAUGCAUGAAAUAUAGAGAGACAUUCUGGAUGAAUCCACAGUAUCAAGUCAGAGUGACAUCUGGACCCAAGGGCAGUGAUCGUCCUGGCUCUAGCAACAUGGUGGUGUCUCUCCUGCAGAAACCAGACAAUGGGCGUCGGUCCCUUUCACCCCAUCAUUUUAUCGGGUUCACUUUGUAUGCGGUACCGCCAGAGUUGCGGGAUGCCAAAGGGAAAUUUUCAGCAUCAUUCUUCAACAACAGCAGGCCAAUAACAGAAACGAAAGCCUUCAUGAAUGUUCGAGAAACUACCCAAGUCUUCCACUUACCUCCCGGGGACUAUGUCAUCGUGCCCUCGACGUACAAGCCAGAAGAAGCUGCCUCCUACUUCUUGAUGAUUUUCUCAAAUUUGCAGACCUCUGUUGGUGACAACUCAGCUGAGAACCACAUGACCAUCAACAAGGAAAUCUAUUCUGAUUAUGCUGCAAGUGAGCACAAAUCAGUGUUUGCUCAAUACUCUGAUCAGCUCAAGGAAGUUAAUGCGGAACAACUACAGAAACUCCUGAAUGAGAAUGUGGUCACAGACAUGUCAUCAGGAGGCUUUGGCUUGGAAAUGUGCAGAAGUAUUGUAGCGAUGAUGGAUCUUUCAGUCACUGGAACACUGAAAGACGCAGAGUUUUCACGUUUGUGGAAACGUGUUCAGGCUUACAAGGACAUUUUCAUCAGGACGAAUGCUUCUCACGCCGGAAAGCUGUCCUUGCAGGAACUGCGGAGUGCCAUUGAAGCCGCAGGCGCGACCAUCAGCGACGACCUGCUGAACCUCAUGGCCUUGCGCCAUGGCAGCUCUUCCAGAGAAAUCACCAUGGAGAGUUUCGUCUUCCUCAUGCUGCGUCUGGACAGCUUGAAGAAAAUAUUCAAGAACCUGUCAGAUGGGAAGGGAAUGUACCUUAAAGAAAGAGAGUGGUUGUAUCUCAGCAUCUACUCCUGAGCAGUCUUUUAAAAAGCAGACAGUGUGGAAUUAAGAUCUAAGUGAAGGGCAAAUUCCCAAAACUCACUCAGUCCAUAGGAUAUAUUUUGGAGGAAAUUUCUGUGGACAUAGUGAAUUUAUUUGGAAAUGUAAUGAAAGUUCUGUUUUUUUCUUGAAGGUCUGAGUGAGUUUUGGUUCUCAAUAUUGUAACAUAAGAUGAGGAAGCCUGACUUUAGGUUAUUGGUGGUCGGUGGUCUCACCACAAAAAUGGACUGAGUGAAUUUUGGAAAUUCGUCCUUCAAUUAAAUUAAUUAAUCAUAUUUUUAUUAUUGUUAUAGAGACUAAUUAUUGUGCUAAUGUAUAUUUUUGUAUAAAUUCCACUGAAGACAGAUGACAUCAUCCAUCUCUAAACUGUCUGUCCAGGCCAGGUUUGCCAAGAUAUAAAUUCUUUUUGAUAUAUAAAUUUAAUAUUAUUUCCACUGAUGACAGAUGACAUUAUAAUCUUUUAAUUGCCAGUCCUGCUCUGGGAUGUCAAGACAUAGUUACUUUUUGACAUCUUAAUGUGUUUUUCAGAUACUGUGUACAAGGAUAGUCUGUUCAAUGUUUGGAUGAUUUUUUAAAAUAAACUUCACAACAAUUAACAAUCA